UUCGACCAUCAUGAAAGUGCUCGUAGUCCUCGCCUUGGCUCUGGCCACCGCCUCCGCUGGCAUUCUGCCCCAGCAGACCCCAGUCCACCCCAAGGACCUGCCCGCCGUGCCCUCGAUCGAGGGUCGCAUCACCAACGGCAAGACCGCCUCCGAAGGCCAGUUCACCUACCAGGUGGGACUUAGCUUCAGCAGCUCCAGCGGAGGCUGGUGGUGCGGUGGCUCCAUCAUCGGUAACCAAUGGGUGCUGACCGCUGCUCACUGCACUUCCGGUGCCUCCUCUGUGACCAUCUACUACGGCGCCACCGUCCGCACCAGCGCCAAGUUGACCCUGACCGUCUCCAGCUCCAGCUUCACUCAGCACGCCAGCUACAACUCGAACACGUUGAAGAACGACAUUUCCCUGAUCAAGACCUCGACGGUGUCCUUCACCAAUUACAUCAACAAGGUUGUGUUGCCCUCUAUCGCCAGCUCCUACUCCACUUACGCCGGACAGAAGGCUAUCGCAUCCGGAUGGGGCAAGACCUCUGAUUCCGCCUCCGGUGUGGCCAGCACUCUGCAGUACGAGACCUUCGAUGUUGUGUCCGUCGCCACCUGCCAGAAUUCCUAUGGCUCUGUGGUUGCCUCGUCCACUGUGAUCUGCAUUGCCACCCCCAACAAGACCUCCACCUGCAGCGGCGACUCUGGCGGCCCAUUGGUCCUGGUCAGCGACUCGAAACUUAUCGGUGUGACCUCCUUCGUGUCCAGCGCUGGUUGCGAGUCCGGUGCCCCCGCUGGCUUCACCCGUGUGACCAGCUACUUGGACUGGAUCAAGAGCAACUCUGGUAUUUCCUACUAAGCACCUUUCAAAUAAAGAACGAUUAUUGACUAA